AUGAAUCCUGUUGCUACUAUAUCAAAACUUCAACCAACACAACCUGGCUCUAUCGGUGUCUUUUAUGUCACAGCUACUUAUACACCUACAUUGAGUGAUGAAAUUGAUAUUCAAGUAGGUGACCAAGUUGAAAUGUUAGUAGAAUAUGAUGAUGGAUGGUGUCAGGGUAUUAAUUUAUCACGUGGUAAAUCAAAGGGUGUAUUCCCUAAGCAUUGUAUUGAUUAUCAAACGCCAUCAGAAGUUCAACGAGCUUCAUUUGCUCUAAUGAAUAAUGAUACAGAUAGAGUUAAAAGAGUUAGUUCAAUGUAUGUUGCUUCAAUAAAAAAAUAA